AUGGCACCCCUCCGCUCCAAGCGCCCUGUCCACCCAAAUGCGGACGCCAUGGACGUCGACAACGACAGCUCAUCCGACGAAGGCGCUUGGCGACCUAUACUGGCUACCGACUUCGUGAAGGCGGCCAAGAAGAACCCGAAGCCUGAGCUCGCCUCUGAGGUGGAGGAAAUCAGCGACGACAGUGACGAGCCUUACGUAGCGCCUCGAAGCCCGGAUAUCAUAGCCAUAUCCUCCGACUCUGAGGAUGAUGUGACUAUCAUCGAGAACGAGGAAGAGGAAGAUGAACUUGAUCUCGACCGAGCGCCAUCUGAGAAGCUCCUCGAAGCUCUGCGACGUUUGUCUCUAACAGUUCAACGCCAGGGACCGUCGAAGUUGCCCUUUCUACGACGUUGUGUACGUCGCGGAUUCUUGCUGACAUGCAAGAAACGAGGAGUGGCCCUCUCGGACGGUCAACGUACAGACACAGAUUCUGAGACCGUGUACGAAUAUGUUAUCCAAAACGGCGUCGAAUACCAAGCACGACGCUUAGUACGGGGUUACGAGUGCCCGCUAUGCGACCUGCACGGUAACUUCCCAUCGAAAGCUGUCUACGAGAAGCACCUCCAAUGGGACCACGCUGGCGUCAAAGUCGAGACAACAGAGACAGGCGGCAAACGCAAGGUGGUCAUCGACGUUCCGGUACCUGCUAGAGCCACUGCACGGACACUUGCAACCGUAUAUGCACGACCGAUCAAGAAGGAAGAAAACAUCGAGGAGGCUAGUGUUCCUCCGGCUGAACAUGAAGAGAACGCUGCGAUGUCACCCACGCCUUCGACUCCAACACCACCUCUUCGAUCGCCUGUGCGUAGGGUCUCUCCACCUCGACCACUUUACGAGAAGGAGGAAGAAGAGGAGACGGAGGAGGAGCCAGUGCUCGCCACAGCGGAUUCGGCGGCUAUCUCCGUCUUGCCUACCCCUCAUCUACCCGUUCCAACUCCAUCGAUCACUGUACGGGUCCCAGAACCUGUUCGUGCGCGAUCACCGACUGCCCUCCCUUCCCUGCCGAGCUCUCCCUCUCCGCCGCUCGACAUCCCUCGGCGCAGAACUCGGCGGCAGCAAGUUAUCUCUUCACCCACCGCAUCUCCGAGUCCUCCCCCUCUCGCUCGACACAUCCACUCGCCUUCUCCUGCUCCACCCUCGCCUACCGCCUCCUUGCAAGACCGCCCACCACUCACUCCCCCUCCUCCUCACCGCCGUCUCGGACCCUCGCUCUCGCCCGAAGAUCCGGAUUUCUUCCCAGCGUAUUCGGACUAUCCUGACGGGCAGACGAUAUAUUACUCGACGCGUCCCGAAGGGCCAAGGCUGUACGACCUCCUCGGUACGCUCCCUCUGGCGCCAUACGGAGCACUUGCGUGGGCGGUGCUCGACCAGGAGGAAGAAAUAUUGGAAGUACCCGACAUACCGGACGAACAGAAGGUGAUGCAGGCGUUGUGGGCGAGGUGGAUUUUCUUGCAUCGCCUCGAUUUCGUGAAGAAAUACGAGGACGGCGCACGUAUGUUCAUAGACGAGCACUGGCGCAUGAUUCACAAGGCCGCGGGAUGGGCCGCACUGCGGAACCUGCUCUUGGUCCUCUAUAUGAACCGCUUCCUCAAGAUGAACGAGGUCGCGAUCCUCUUGCGACACUACGAGGAGCUUGUGAGGUGGGACCUGUGGUACUCGUAG